AUGAAGAGUUUACGAAGUAGAAGCUCUCUUGGAAGCUCCCUUGCUUCUAGUUCUCGCGUCUCUACAGCAGCAACAUCAAUGGACUUACUCGGACCAGAGAUAGUUGUUGGUAUCGACUUUGGUACAACGCACUCGGGAGUUUGCUGGGCCAUAAACGAAGGCCAGAAGAAGAUACGGCUCAUAACAGACUGGACAAACCCACAAGCUGUUAACGCGAAUGCCGAGAAAGUUCCCUCCGUUAUCUCGUAUAAAAAUGGCCAAGUUAGCAAUUGGGGAUAUGAGGUCACGAUGCGAGAGGACAGCUUUCGGUGGAUCAAGAUACUACUUGAGCCUGAGCACAAGUACGCUAAGACAAUCGAUGAUGUUAAGCAAAGCAACGCGCUCCUCACCAAGUUGAACAAAACUGCCGAUGAAGUAGUGUCUGACUACUUGCGAGCUCUAUGGGCAUACACGAAGGAAGACAUUCGCAAGCGAAUCGAUGAUGAGAACUGGGAAAACACAUUUCGGCUCCGUGUCGUACUGACGGUGCCGGCAAUGUGGUCCCAUCAAGCCAAGGACAGAACCGCCAAAGCCGCUCGAGCUGCUGGUCUCCCCGUCGACAUCUCGAUGGUGACGGAGCCUGAGGCGGCCGCUUUAGCGACGUUAAGGGGGAAAGCAGAGGAAGACACACUUCGGCCCGGUGACUCGUUUGUAGUCUGCGAUGCUGGCGGUGGGACAGUGGAUUUAAUAAGCUAUAAAGUAAACAGCAUUCACCCAUUAAGAGUGGAAGAAUGUGCUAUCGGGGACGGCGACCUAUGCGGAUCAGUAUUCCUCGACUUAGCGUUCGUCAAAUAUAUCGCCGCACUGAUAGGCGAAAAACAGUACGCGAAGAUCAAAGAAGUGAGCAAGAAAAAGAUGCUUAAAGAGUUCGAGUUCGGCAUCAAGCGAUCGUUCAUGGGCGACGAUAAUAAGGAUUAUUCUGUUGAUCUAAGAGGCGUCGAAGAUAAUGAGGAAGAGGGUAUUGUAGAUGAUAAUGUGCCACUGAAAGCUAAUAUGUUGCGCACAGUCUUCGACCAUAUUUGUGGUCAGAUAGACACUCUGGUUCAAAAUCAGACAAUGGAGGUCCAGGGUCGAGGGCUCAAGGUAAAGGCUAUCCUCCUUGUUGGAGGAUUCGGGGAGAGCAAGUAUCUCCAUAGCCGUCUCGAAAAUGCAUAUACCUCGGAAGGAAUCAGAGUUCUUCAAGUCGAUGGCGCUUGGUCGGCUAUAUGCCGUGGUGCAUGCAUGUGGGGGUUGGAACAAGUACGAAAGCCUCUUUCACAAACGGAAAAGGGCCUGCCUCCCUAUAGUGCUAUCGACAAUGCAGGUAUUCCUGCGACUCCCAAGAUGGACUCAACCAUUGUUUCGCGCAUCUCAAGGUACAGUUACGGAGUUCCUGUGAUGGAGAAUUUCGACCCGAAGAAGCACCUCUGGCGGGACCGUAUACUGGACCCAAGCACCGGCCAAUAUGCGGCGGAUAACCAGAUGAGGUGGCUGUUAAAGAGAGGCGAGAUGAUGCGGGAGAAUGAUAUACUUCCAAUUGACAUCCAACAAGCGGUGCACGGUAUCGGUUGGACUAGUACAGGCGCUCGCGAGUUCUCGCAGGUGUUACUAUACUCUGACCAACAAGAGCCGCCUACUAGGAGGGAUGAGAGCGUUAAGAAACUGUGCGAACUAAGCUUUGUGAUUCCCGAGAGCGUUAUAUGGUCGCACACGGGGAGCUAUAAGAGCCCCGUGGAGAAGGGUAAAUGGAGAGAUUGCAUCUUUAACUUGAUGGUUAUCCUGGGGAGCGCAACUCUCGAGUUUGAAGUAUAUUAUCAUGGAUAUCGAGUUGCUCAUACGGAGGCGAAAUACGCGCAAGAUACGUAA